CAAAAAUAUCAAUGUCAUCCACACCACAACUUGUUUUAAAACCCUCUUCUCAUCACAACACAACACAAAAACAAAAAUAAUUGAUGGCUCAGCGAAGGCUCAAACAAGGGGCGAUGGAGGUCACUUUCACCGUAAACCAUGCCGGAAACACCGAUUCUUCUCCGACGGCGGACCCCUAAUUGUCUCCGCCAGCGUUAACCAACACCAAAUUCUGCCUCCAUUAUUCUUAUUAUUCACAACAACAACGGAGAAUGGGUAUGUCGUGGGACGACGUCGUUUUGAUCGAGAAAAGUAAGAAUUCCGGCGACCCUACCGUCGUCACCGUCAACUGCCCCGACAAGGCCGGUCUCGGGUGUGAUUUGUUGAGAGUUGUUCUUGAAUUCGGACUCUAUGUUACCCGUGGAGAUUUCUCUACGGACGGAAAAUGGUGUUACGUGAUUUUAUGGGUUGUGCCAAGGCCAAUCUCGCUACGCGUUGACUGGGAAAGGUUAAAGAAGCGUCUUGUAUCUUGUUGCCCAUCGAUGAUGCCUGCGUUUUACCUUGAUCAACUCUCUAGUAGUUCUAAACAAACUCCAUUGUACCUAUUGAAGGUUUUUUCAAUGGAUCGAAGAGGGUUAAUACAUGAUGUGACAAAGCUUCUGUGUGACCUUGAACUAACAAUUCAAAGAUUGAAAGUGAUGACGACGCCUGACGGAAAAGUCUUGGAUCUUUUCUUUGUUACAGAUAGCAUGAACAUAUUGCAGACGAAGAUUGGAAGAGAGGAAACGUGUGAACACCUUAGUGUGGUGUUAGGAGAGUGUUGCAUAAGUUGUGAAGUUGAGGUAGCGGGACCCGAGUAUGAAUGUCAACAACUUCUUUCUACAAUUCCUGAAUUGAUUGCGGAAAAGUUGUUCAGCUGUGAGUUUUCAGCCAUGGAAGACGCGUCGAAAGUUAAGGAGGCUAGCGUAAUGGUUGAUAAUCUACUGAGCCCGGCCCAUUCGUUGCUUCAAAUACAAUGUCGGGACCAGAAAGGCCUCAUCUAUGACAUUUUAAGAAUUUCUAAGGAUUGUGAUAUACAGAUUGCAUAUGGAAGAGUUUCUUCUAGUGUUAACGGGGUUCGGAGUUUGGAACUAUUUAUUCAAAAUGAAGACGGGAAAAAAAUUUUAAAUAAUGAGAACCAAAGUGCCUUAUGUUCCCGCUUGAAAGAGGAAAUGAUGCAGCCGUUGAGAGUCAUGAUAUCCAACCGUGGGCCCGACACAGAACUUUUCGUUGCUAACCCUGUUGAGUUAUCUGGGAGGGGAAGGCCUCGUGUUGUAUACGACGUCACUUUUGCAUUGAAGACACUCGGGAUAUGCAUCUUCUCGGCCGAAAUUGGAAGACAUUCAACAUUAGAUCGCGAGUGGGAAGUUUACAGGUUCUUGUUAGUUGAAAACCGAAAGUUUCCACUAACAAGCAAACAAGCAAAACAAGAUAUCAUCAAUAAAGUUAGAAGAACACUAAUGGGGUGGUAAAGAUUUGUUCACUGUUCUUUAAGAGGAUUUGUUUGUGUGUGUUCUUGACAUGGUGCUAGUUCAAUUCUUGUGUACUAGUUUCUUCGGUUUCUUUUUAUGUAUUGGUUCAGUAAUUGUAUACAUUUUCGGUGUUAGUUACCAUGCUUGUUCUUUGAUGGCGUG